AUGACCCUCUAUAUCCCACCUCUAAUCAUAAGUUGUUUUUUUUCUCCAGAUUCAUCCGAUUCUGACCUAGAUUUCAAGCGAAAGAAGUGUCUCAGGCUGCCUGAUGAUGAAUCUGAUUCAGACAUUGGCAUGGAAAAGAAAAAGAAGCGUCUGAUGCAGUCAAAGAAAAAGAAGCGUCCGAUAGUGUCAGAUAGUGAUUGUGAUUCAGACAUUGAUUUGGAUGAAGAAAGAAAGAAAAAAAAGAAACAUCUGAUGCGGUCAGAUGAUGGUACUAAGCAAAAACGGCGAUGGUCACAAAAGGAGUUGGAGGUAUUUAGUAAGAACGUUGCAGUUUACAUUGAAAGAAAGGUCAUGGCUCCAAGGAUUGUUCUUGACAGGGUUGUUGAGCAACUGGCUCAUUCAAGGACUGUUGCUCAAAUAAGAUCAAGAGCAAACAAUAUGAUAAAGGAGAAACAAGUAUUUAUACUGUAGCUAGUCCAGUUUUGUUCAACACUACAAAACAAAACCCAGGUUGUUAGAGUGUUCUGGUCAAAAUACUAAGAAAAAUUUAAUUAAAUAAUUUUAAAGAGAUCAUUUAUUAUUUUAACUGAUAUCCAUAAGAACUUGUUUUUUCGCAAAUUUUCUCUAUUUUCGGCAAAAUUUUAGACAACUUUAGAAAAUUUUGGAAAAUGUGGGCCUUAAAAACGGGAAUUUGGCCAAAAGUAUACCCUUAAGAACUGAAUUUUUUUCAAAAUUAUCAAAAAGUAUAACCUUAGGAGCGAUUGGGAAGAUCUGGGAAGGACAAAAAAGACACCCAUUCGCGCCGAACAUACAUAUACCACCCAAUAUGUUGAGUACUUUGUGACCACAAGGGUAUAAUUAUUAUUGUAUGGUAUCAUAUUUUAUUACCACAUUUUUUUUUGACUAGAAGUUGUUUAGUCUAUAUACGACACCAUUUCAGGUUUUAAGCAGGUUUCACUGACAAAGUGUGUAAAAAAUCACAGCAGAGUAAUUAUAGCCAUGCUAUACAUCAAAAGUACGUUUUCUAGGGUAAAAAUGGAUGUAGAUUGUGAAUUUUUAGUCCAAAACCUUGUUUAUACAGCAUUUAGCCACAAAUCGUGGAUUUAUGGCCAAUUUUGCCCGAAAACGGCACUUUUUCAGUGACAAAAAAAUUUACUUCCUAUCUUUAAAUACCUGUAGGCUCAACAAUAUGCAUACAUAUGGCCAUUUUUAAUGUUUCUGUAUCAGCCCAGUAAACAGUCUGAUGGAUUCUUUUAUUUGUUUUGAAAUUGGUUUCAUACUUUUUGUGCAACAGCCAUUCAAAAAUGAUGCAUCCUGUGACAAUUGACUUUCAAAAUUUAGCAGUUUCGGACAAAAAAAUUGAUUUGAAAAAUCAUAUCUCUUCAGUCCAAGGGGCUACAUUAAUAAUUUACAUACCAAAAUAUGCAGAAUUUAAUAAGCUUUAAUUUGGUGCCUAAUUUAAUGUAUUUCUGGGAGGAGAAUGAUAUAAAAAAAUGAUAAAAAGUUAUUCCCACUCCCUAAUUUUUUAAUUUGUGUAAAAAAUAAAGAAAUUUACAAAACGGGCAAGUAUGCCAAAGUAUAGGACCUAUAGGCUUGAAAAUUUAAUCAGUUAUGCCCAUUAUAAGUCUCUACUUGGGCAUAGGAUAAAUUGUUUAAUAUUUCAACUAUUUCUUUCUAUUUAUAUUUUUUUAAAGAUUUUUGUCAUCCAAAAUUUAGACAAAAAUUUGCCAUUUUGAGGGCUCAUUAAAAAAAAUUACAAGGCCAAUAUGGUUGAAAAGUUAAUGAGUAAUUCCCAGAAAAUAUUACUACAAGGUAAAAUUCACAAAAUUGGCAAAAUGCUCAUAUUUCUUUUGAAUUAUUUUUUUUUACAAAGUUAGUGACAAUCCUCAGAAGGUAUUGUGCAAUCAUAAGCCAGUAUUGCGCAAUCGUUCAACCAAAAUGCUGUUUAGACACAUACUAGCUGUCAAUUUUGCAAAAGAACAUAAUUUAUAAUCUCAAAAAAGCAAUUAGGUUGAUUUUGAAGAGCCCUUACAAGCAAAAAAGACUGAUAUGU